ACUUGGUGACGGGUGGACGUGCUUGCCUCGCUCUCUCGGUUCCCGGGACUUGACUGAUCCCAGCGUGUACCGUGUGAUCGACUUGGUAAAUGGAUGACAACUUUGUGAAUUACGGAGGAAAUUGAGGGAUAUAUCGAGUGUAUUCUCUGUAAGAGUAAAGUGUGAGACCGAGACCUGGUUGAGGAGUUUUAUUUAGUUAAUGGAAAAGGUAACAGCAGCACUUUGAAAAAAGUUAUCACGGGCUAAAACAGGAUCUCUGGAAACUUUAUUGAGUGUGUGGUGUUUGAUCAUGGAUAUAUGGCUCUUACUGCGGAACUGUAACUAGUGAAGAUCUUCUCUUCAAUGAAAGAGGUGUUGAGCAGGAUGGGUGUAGCCAGGGUGGCGGGGUCCCGGGCCUGCUGCCGGCGGCCUGCCAACCUGCUACUGCUGUUGCCGCUCCUCCUGCUGGUCAUCUCCACCGUCAGAACCCGUGCAGGUACGUUGUCGAGACGUCAGGUGGAGCCACUAUCACCAUCUUCUCUAGGAAUGGGUCUCGCCUCCACUGCUGAACACCUAGGUCAGCCGUACAGGACGGCGUACGCGUGUGAGGGGACGACGCUGAGCAUCGACUGCACCCCCGGCAACGUGAUCAACGUGAUCAGGGCCAACUAUGGCCGCUUCUCCAUCACCAUCUGUAACGCCCACGGCAACACAGAGUGGUCUGUCAACUGCCAGAGUCCCAGGACCCACCGAGUCUUGGCUGAGAGCUGCUCUGGAAAGCCCUCAUGUACCAUCGAGGCCAACACUGCCCGGUUUGGCGACGGCUGCCAUGGUACCCACAAGUACCUGGAGGCCCACUACCAGUGCAAGACAGCCACGUCGACGACCACCACCACAUCCAGGCCACGACCUCCCUGGUUCGUCGCCACCCGCCCGGCCAUACGGAUCCUGCCCACCCUCAAUACCAAUUACACCACUACCACCACCACUCCUCCACCCACAACAACCACUACUACCAGCACCACUACCACCACUACUACCACCACUACAACAACAUUGCCACCUGCCACAGUACCACACAUAGUGGAGGAAGGAGACGGACCAGAAAUUGAGGUUCUGACUACACUCUCUGGGGUUGAGGCCCCCACCCCGUCCCCCGCCUCGUCCACUACUCCCACCGCCUCCACCUCCACCGCGAGUGCCAGCACCUCUCCCGCCACUACUCCGCCCAGCAGUACUCAGGCCCCGCCCGUCCCUCCCCCACACUUCGACGGCGACUACGAUUCUCCCUGGUGUUCCCCAUCGUUUGGUCGCGGAUUGUACUGGAACUGGACGCGAGGUGGUGAAGUGGCAGUGCAGCCUUGCCCUGGUGGUGCCUCAGGAUUUGCCCGGCGGCCCUGCCGCUCUGCUGACUGGGCGGGACCGGCUGACCUAAGUGAAUGUCGCAGUGUUUGGCUGGCCACUCUUAAGACUCGUGCCAACGCUGAUGACUCAUUGUUGGGCGUGGCCGCUGAUCUGGCCACAGUGACGGCCAGUAAGGCACUCUAUGGUGGUGACCUCACCACCACAGCCAGACUUCUCUCCACUUUGGCCACUCGCAUGGCGGAACAGGUACGCGAGUUCCCAGACCCACGACAGCGGCAAGCCCUUGUCACGGAAAUGCUGCAAGCUGCACUCGCUACGGGAUCUGCAUUACUGGCAGCAGGUAUGGCAGGACCCUGGGGAGACCUGGCCGUCCGAGAGAGGCGCCACGCAGUCACCCUGCUCAUGGUGGCUCUGGAAGAAGCCUCAUUCCUCCUGGCAGAUGCAUUGCCCUCAGGCACCCAGGCGGCACACUACAGACCACAUGUUCUAGUAUCAGUAAGAUCUGCUACAGCGGACGGCUCUUCAGUCGAGUUCCCAUCUGCUGAAGACCAAGCCCUAAACUGGGUGUACGCUGACACCGUCAAACUGCCCCCUGAAGCUAUCCUUGAAAACAGUGAUGGUGGGUCCACAAGGGUUGUGUUUCUCACUUAUCGUCACCUGGAGGACCUUCUGACACCCGGGCCAGAACCGCUUGGCCACAGCCCUGCUAACAUCACACGUUUAGUCAACUCACGAGUAGUUUCGGCAUCUCUAGGUCGUGGGCGACACAUUCAGUUGCCGGAGCCUGUCACUCUCACCUUUGCACUUCUAAAACAAGAAAAUGUAACACGCCCAGUGUGUGCCUUCUGGGACUACACUACCUCUGCCUGGAGUGAUGAAGGUUGUCGUGUGUUGCGGUACAACCGUUCCCAUGUGACAUGUCAGUGUGACCACUUGACGAACUUUGCAGUGCUUAUGGAAGAAGCAGCGGGCGGUGUAGGUGAGGAUCCUCAGGCGGCGCUACGCAUCCUGGCCUACGUGGGUUGUGUCGUGAGCCUAGUGUGUGUCGCUGGAUCACUCUUCGUGUUCUCUGUGUUCCGCGGACUUGCUUCCCCGCGCACAGCUGUUCACCGCCAUGUGUGUGUAUGUCUGACGGCAGCCGAGCUGGUCUUCAUAAUAGGUGUUUGGCGCACUGAUGCUCCCGUCCUAUGUGGCGUCGUGGCUGGUAUCCUCCACUACACAGUCCUCUCAGCUUUUGCUUGGAUGUUCAUGGAAGGUGUACAUGUGUAUCUGAGCGUGGCACGGGCUGUGGAGUGCGACUCUCUGCGGCUGCGCUGGUGGCACUACACCCUCGCCUACGGCCUUCCCCUCCUGGUGGUAGCCGCUGCCGCCGUCAUCGACCCCUUCAGCUACGGCACCGCACAGUACUGCUGGCUUCGUACAGACAACUACUUUGUUUUUUCACUGGUGGGUCCAGCAUUGUUGCUGCUGGCCGCUCACGUGGCGCUGCUAGCAGCAGCUCUUAUCUACACCUGCAGACUCUCUCCUGACGACGCUCUUAAGACCAAGGAGAUGGCCCGCCUCGACUCCACAAGCGGCGUGUACACCAACGCUCUACAACACCGGCUCUACUCCCGCCUGGCAUGGCUUCGAAGUGCUAUCACUCUGUUGCUGCUAAUGGUUCUGACUUGGACGCUUGGCCUCCUGUUCCUCCACCAACCAUCUCUUCCCAUAGCUGCUGCCUUCUGUGUGCUCAACGCUCUACAUGGCAUCUUUAUCUUCAUUUAUUACUGCGUCAGAAACCAGAAGGUGCGGGAAUGGUGUCGGUCUGCAGCGGAACGCGAAGCUUGGCUCCCGCAAGUGGUGCGGGGAGUCUUUUCCGCCGAGAAGCAGACCUACAGCCCCAAUAACAACAACACCAACCCCCACCCCGCCAUCUCUCACGCCCUCAAUCACGCCCUCGCCUCGCCCGCCCUCAACCAAUAUCUUCCAACGCUGUGUCAACUCGGAGGAGUGAAGGCGUCAGGGGACACCACACACCCCCCUGUGGGCCCCCUUCUGUCCGGGGCCACGUCCACGAUGGGGUCUGGGGGCUCUCUACGCCAGGGGGUCACGGGCCACCUACCCCUCGGCACUCUUCAUCAGUCACUGCCUCGCCACCACACAGUCACCCUCCCGCGCACCACCACCACCACCACAGCCACCACCACCAACCUUCAUCACGCCACCCUUAAUCAUGUGGAUGAAGAUGCCUCAUACAAAUCCUUCUCUCGCGAUUCUGGUCACGGUGGAUCUGAGCAAGAAGAUUCUCCUCGUGCUGGAUGGAACAACCACCACCACCGUUAUUCCAACUCCUUGACAGCAGACCUCAAGAAUGCUUAUCUUGCUAAACUUAAUAGUAUCAAUGCCGCAGGUGGACUAGAUGGUGGGCUCACAUUCCCCAACAUGGAGAGUGGAAACAAGCUUAUCACUGUACCCAACAGCUAUACAACGCAGCUCUCUCCAGCUUCUGUUCCUCCUGCUGUUGCUGCAAUGCUUCGAGGAAAUGCCAACACUGCACGUUCUCAUUCUCCAUGGAAUCAUACAUACAUGGAGAUUGAGACUGAAGCUGACCCUGUGUAUGAGGAGAUUGAACGUGAACGUUGGGUAGGUCGGUCUGGAGGUGUAGUUGGGACUCCAGCAGGUCAAGAGACUAUGCAAGUAUCUGACCUCUCAGAUGAGGAUGUGAAGCGUGGCACUCCUAGUGAUAUGAGCCGACAAUCCUCACGUAGCUAUGGUGAUGCUCGACCCUUGCUGCCAUAUCAUCAUGCACAAGGUCAUCAUUUUGCCAGGAGUCCACAAGACCAGCAGUUUGCCCUUAGUGAAGAAAGAUUACGGGAUUUCAAUGCUGCACAGAUGAGCCGAGACUUGGAGCAGCUGCAGCAAGCGCAGCAGCAAUUCUCACGAGAGAAUUUGAUGACAGUGGCAGUUUUGAAUGGUGAGCAAGUUGUGUGCCGUCUGACUUCACCUUCAAAUCCACAGGCUCCUCAGAGUCUGCCAGUAAUACAUGAAGGAAGUGGACGUGGUCUUGUUGUGUCCCAGGCAGCCCCUGCCACCAAUGGCUAUCCUGCACAUCUUGUUGUGUCUCGCCCCAGUCAGUACAGACCCCAGCAGUUUAGUGAGUGUUAGUGAGUUGAAAUAAACAAUUUUGACUAUCCUUAUAAUGGAUAUUAAUGCCAGACUGCAGACUUAGCAAGUGUCUUUUAGACUUGUAUUUCCACUUGUUCUUACCAGCUGGUGACUUCUUGAACCAUGUCACCUUUUGUGUGGCUGAUAUCUACAGCUGGUGUAAUCCUUGGUGGUGCAAGGCAUUUUUAUCAUAUAAUUGCAUCUUAUGUUCAAAACUUCAGUGAAUCUUAAUUGCCAUUAUAAGUGAAGCUUGAGUGUAAUAAAAGCAGGAAAAAGACUGCUACCAAAGCAUUAUCCCACAGUUGUGUUAGUGGCAAGAAUGGACGUCACUACUAGCAACUAUGAUAACUAGUCGAUGUACGUUUUAUUUAUUGGUCUCAUUUGUUUAUGUGCCACAGAACUGUUGUAGCUCUGUGAAAUUGGUGUUGAAGCCUUUGUGAUUUAUGUAUGUAAGAAGUGUUCUCUUUUUGUUGAGUGUGGUACAUUCCAGAGUUGAGUGUUUAGUUAUUCAUUAUUUGGUUAAGCCUCAGUGCCACAAUGCUCUAAACUUCGCUUCAGAAUCACACCAAUAAACUUGAAUGGCUAUUAGAGGAAGUGCCUUUUUCGGUCAGAGGAGUGUGUACAUGUAUAAAGGAAUAUUUGGAUGUAUAUAAUGAUGUAAAUAAAUAUAUUUAUAUGUACGUUUUCUUAAUGAAAAGCCAAAGCUUCUAGAUGUAGAAGAGUCUUUGAGAGUCAUUUCCAACGGGCCUUUUCUUCGCUUAGUGGAAGAGAAACACUGAUAUGUUUCCUAUUACAUACUUCACCGGCAGCAGUUCCGGGGCCACCACCGGCUGUCAGCAGGUACCACUCUGGGCAGUGCCAGGCCAGGCAGUGCCUCACUCACUUCACUUGGGCUUCUUGGCCCUCCCGUUGGUGCCUCUCUUGACGUCAUGGUAAAUACUGCCAUCCAGGUCAGUAUCUCACCUCAACUCCUAAAUUACAGCAUGGCUGAAGCCACUGUGUUAGGAGGCAGUUUUGUCUUGUCUAGGGUGCUCCUAUACUGAUUAUAUAUGAAUAUUAUAGAUCCAGAUGAGCAAACACUGUUGACUUUAGGUAAUUGCCACUAGCUUAGCCGGCCCCCGGGACUAGCUUCUGCCACCAUCUCUUCUCCAACUUGUGAGCUGUGAUACGUUGAAUAGAUAAUCAGUGUAAAAAAUGACAAUAAAAUGAUUUAAUGGAAAAA